UAUAAUUAUAAUCGUUGCAUACGCGAUUCUUCGCAGCCUAUCACAAGAAGAAUUGAAAAUCUUAUUGAAUCUCAAGUCUUGCGAAUAGACUGAAUCAAAAGUAUAAAGGAUAGGUUUCGAACCUAUAGCGAUAAGCUCAGACGAUGUAAGAAAAAAGUUUUAAGUUGAUGAAAUGAUGAAUUCUUCGAUUGCUAAAUAUAUUUUUAUAUUUCUGUUUUAUGACUCAGUAGACAGUAAAGAUAUAAAGCCAAUGCUUAUAUUAUCAAAAGAAAAGGGGUUGAAUUUAAAAAGCUUUGGUUCUUUGGU